AUGGCAAAGAGGAGGCCAUUGUAUGGAUUGUUUCAAUAUAAUUCCAGUAUGAUUGGACUGGAAUCAUUAGCUGAUCCCUCAGACACCUGGGAAAUUAUAGAGACUAUUGGGAAAGGCACUUAUGGUAAAGUCUAUAAGGUUGCUAAUAAGAAAGAUGGAAGCUUGGCAGCAGUAAAGAUUCUGGAUCCUGUCAGUGAUGUAGAUGAAGAAAUUGAAGCUGAAUAUAAUAUUUUGCAGUUUCUUCCCAACCAUCCUAAUGUUGUUAGAUUUUAUGGGAUGUUUUACAAAGCAGAUCAAUAUGUGGGAGGACAGCUCUGGCUAGUACUUGAGCUGUGCAAUGGAGGUUCUGUCACAGAGCUUGUCAAAGGCCUGCUGAAGUGUGGCCGAAGGUUGGAUGAAGCUGUAAUCUCAUACAUUUUAUAUGGUGCUCUCUUGGGCCUUCAGCAUUUACACAAUAACCGGAUCAUUCAUCGCGAUGUGAAAGGGAACAACAUUCUCCUGACAACAGAAGGUGGAGUCAAGCUCGUUGACUUUGGUGUUUCAGCCCAGCUCACCAGCACACGGCUGCGUAGAAACACCUCAGUGGGAACACCCUUUUGGAUGGCUCCUGAGGUCAUUGCUUGUGAGCAGCAGUAUGACUACUCCUAUGAUGCUCGAUGUGACGUAUGGUCCUUGGGAAUAACAGCUAUUGAACUGGGGGAUGGAGACCCUCCUUUAUUUGACAUGCAUCCGGUGAAAACCCUUUUUAAAAUUCCAAGAAACCCUCCACCUACUUUGCUACAUCCUGAAAAAUGGUGCAGGGGAUUCAACCAUUUCAUUUCACAGUGUCUAAUCAAAGAUUUUGAAAAGCGUCCUUCAGUCACCCAUCUUUUGGAGCAUCCGUUCAUUAAACAAGUACAUGGUAAAGAUAUGUCUUUGCAAAAACAGCUGGCUGAGCUCGUUCAAGAACAGCAGCAGCUAGGCUCCAUAGGCAAAACAAGGCAUGAACGAAUACAUACUAGAAGACCUUACCAUGUGGACAGAGCUGACAAGUACUCUCUAGAUGACGAUCUGGUAAAUCUAGAAGUUCUCAAUGAGGAUACAAUUAUCCAUCAGCUGCAAAAACGUUAUGCUGACUUGCAGAUUUAUACUUAUGUUGGAGACAUUUUAAUAGCCUUGAACCCCUUCCAGAAUCUCAGCAUUUAUUCUCCCCAGUUCUCCAAGCUUUACCAUGGUGUGAAGCGUUCAUCAAAUCCCCCCCACAUAUUUGCCUCUGCAGAUGCUGCCUACCAAAGCAUGGUUACAUUCAGCAAGGAUCAGUGCAUUAUCAUCAGUGGGGAAAGUGGUGCUGGCAAGACUGAAAGUGCCCAUCUGAUUGUCCAACAUUUGACCUUCUUGGGAAAGGCCAAUAACCGUGCUUUGCGUGAGAAAAUUCUUCAGGUGAAUCCUCUGGUUGAAGCAUUUGGAAAUGCCUGCACUGCCAUCAACGACAACUCAAGUCGCUUUGGAAAAUACCUGGAAAUGAUGUUUACACCUACAGGAGCUGUAAUGGGGGCAAAGAUUUCUGAAUAUCUACUUGAAAAAUCAAGGGUCGUAAAACAGGCUAUGGGAGAAAAAAAUUUCCAUAUAUUUUAUUAUAUUUAUGCUGGCCUUUAUCAUCAGAAGAAACUUUCUGAAUAUAGACUUCCUGAUAAAAAGCCUCCUAGAUAUAUUGAUAAUGAAACUGGAAGAGUAAUGCAUGAUAUUGUUACUAAAGAUUCCUAUGGAAGACAAUUUGAAGCAAUUCAACAUUGUUUUAGAAUUAUAGGAUUUACGGAUGAGGAAAUGUACUCAGUGUACAGAAUACUGACUGGAAUCUUAAAUACUGGAAAUAUUGAGUUUGCUGCUAUUUCUUCACAACACCAAACAGAUAAAAGUGAGGUUCCUAACCCAGAAGCCUUAGAUAAUGCUGCUGCACUGCUAAGCAUUGGGUCAGAAGAACUCCAAGAGGCCCUAACCUCCCACUGCGUUGUAACACGGGGGGAGACUAUCAUCCGAACGAACACGGUGGACAAAGCAGCGGACGUGCGAGAUGCCAUGUCUAAAGCCCUUUAUGGCCGCCUCUUCAGCUGGAUUGUAAAUCGUAUUAAUACGCUGCUUCAGCCUGAUAAAAAUAUAUGCAAUGCUGAAAGUGGGAUGAAUGUUGGGAUACUGGACAUAUUUGGAUUUGAGAACUUCACAAGAAAUUCUUUUGAACAGUUGUGUAUAAAUAUUGCUAAUGAACAGAUCCAGUUUUAUUUCAAUCAACAUAUCUUUGCACUGGAGCAGAUGGAAUAUCAGAGUGAGGGAAUUGAUGCCACUACAGUGGAGUAUGAGGACAACCGUCCACUUCUAGAUAUGUUCCUUCAGAAGCCCAUGGGUCUCCUGUCUCUGCUAGAUGAAGAAAGUCGCUUUCCUCAGGCAACAGACCUAACUUUAGUUGAUAAAUUUGAAGAUAACUUACGAUGCAAAUACUUCUGGAGACCAAAAGGAGUGGAACUGUCGUUUGGUAUUCAGCACUAUGCUGGAAAGGUAUUAUAUGAUGCCUCUGCCUUCCUUGAGAAGAAUAGAGACACUCUUCCUGCUGACGUAGUGGUGGUGUUGCGAACUUCAGAGAACAAACUUCUUCAGCAGCUGUUCUCCAGCCCAUUAACAAAAACAGGGAAUUUGGCACAAGCAAGAGCCAGAGUGACAGCAGCAUCUCGGUCUUUGCCUCCACAGCUCAGUGCUGGGCGUAUCAAGUCUCCUAAAUACCUCCUGAAGGUUGACACAAUGGAGGUUAUGCGGCAUCCUGAGGAAACAACUAAUAUGAAGCGGCAAACUAUGGCUUCCUAUUUUAGGUAUUCCCUCAUGGAUCUUUUAUCCAAAAUGGUUGUUGGACAGCCUCACUUUAUCCGCUGCAUUAAACCUAACGAUGAUCGAGAAGCACUGAUGUUUUCUCAUGAGAGAGUUCUGCUGCAGCUACGAUACACUGGAAUUCUGGAAACUGUCAAAAUACGUCAGAAAGGGUAUUCUCAUCGCAUCCUCUUUGAAGAGUUUGUAAAAAGCAGGAAAUAUGAGGACAAAACAAUCAAAGGCAGAGGACAGACCCAUUCAGAGUUUAUCAGGUAUUACUACCUUGCGUUCAAGGCACAUGAGACUCCCCUUGGUAGCAGAGAAAACUGUCUUGCCAUUUUGGAGAAAUCUAAACUAGACAACUGGAUUCUUGGGAAAACCAAGGUUUUUCUAAAGUAUUACCAUAUAGAGCAGUUAAAUUUGUUCCUGAGAGAAGUUAUAGGGAGGGUGGUGGUCAUGCAAGCCUAUAUCAAGGGAUGGCUCGGAGCAAGGAGGUACAAGAAAGUCAAAGAUAAAAGAGAAAACAGCGCUAUUACUAUACAGUCAGCCUGGAGAGGAUAUGAAGCUCGCAGGAAGUACAAGGAAAUAAGGAACAGAAGAACUGAUGCUGCCAUACACAUUCAGGCAGCUUUUAGGGGAUAUAUUGUUCGUAAAAACUACACAAGAUUGAAAUACAGCACUGAGUGUGCACCAGAUCCUCAGCUUACAAGCAGCUGCUCUACUUCUGCUUUUGGCUGUGAAGAAGACUGGCAGCAAACCAGUAACCAGUCUUCUCCCGUGGUGCCUGAUUUUCUUGACAAACAAACUGAAAAGAAUAAUUUGGAUGAGAUUUCUGCUUCUCCAUUUAUUCUAAAACAUUCGUUUGAAACGAAUCAUUCACAAUCAAUUAGCCAACCCCAGACAGCUGCAGACCAUCAGUUGUCAAGUCUCUUGACAUCCCAUGAAAAAGGAGGUUCAGAAAACUGUCUUGAACAGAAGCUGAGAACACCUCGUCGACGAUGUCAGCAGCCCAAAAUGCUGAAUAGCCCUGAGGAUAACAUGUACUAUAACCAGUUAAAUGGAACUCUAGAAUAUCAAGGGAGCAAGAGGAAGCCAAGAAAACUUGGCCAAAUCAAAGUACUGGAUGGAGAGGAUGAGUAUUACGAAUCAUUGUCAGCUGUUGAGUCUGCCCCUGAAGAUGAGAGUUUUCUCAGCUCCCCAUCUCCUCUUUCAAGAGAUAUGUCUUUUGCUCAAAGCUGA